UUGGGGGACGGACGUGUUCACCUUAUACAGCCAUUCAAGUCAGCCAUUUGUUCGUCGUUGGUACGCAGGAGUGUGACCACCGUAAAUAUCGGCGGAGGUGUUUUACUAAACGUAGCUUUAAUUUCAUUUUGCAUCCGGCGAAAAAAAGUUGCGGAAUGUCGUCUGAACAGGCCGAAGCAAGCCCUGAGAAAGCAGGCCAGCAGCAGCAGAAGCCAUCGCAGCAGCAAGGAGAAGUCAAUGGUAAACCGAAGCAUGAUUCCGCGCCCACCAGAAAGGAGAGGCCUCAGAAGAGAGGCGGUGGCGGACGCUUUGAGCCAUACGGCAACGUGAACAAGAGAUACCGCGUGUUUGUCAGUAACAUCCCUUAUGAUGUGAAGUGGCAAGCGCUCAAAGACCUGAUGAAAGAAAAAGUGGGUGAGGUAACGUACGUGGAACACUUAAUGGACGCAGAAGGAAAAUCGAGGGGUUGCGCUGUUGUUGAAUUUAGGACUGAAGAGUUGAUGAAGAAAGCUGUGGAGAAGGUCAACAAACACAACCUCAAUGGACGGCCUCUGAAAGUCAAAGAGGACCCUGACGGUGUGAUUGCUCAGAGGGAAGUCCACAAGGCCCAGGGAGGAGGUGGUGGAGGGCCCCCUGGGGGUCCUGGAGGAAUGGGGGGUAUGGGAGGUAUGGGGGGUAUGGGAGGUAUGGGUGGGAUGGACCGCAUGGGUGGCAUGAACAUGGAUCGCAUGAACAUGGAUCGCAUGGGCCCUGGUCCUGGUGGUCCCAUGGUCAAUAUCCCUCCCAGCCUAAUGAACAACCCCAACAUUCCCAACGAGGUCAUCCAUGGCCUGCAGGCCGGCAAGAUUGGCAGCACUGUCUUUGUGGCUAAUCUUGAUUACAAGGUGGGCUGGAAGAAGCUGAAGGAGGUGUUUGGCAUGGCGGGCGUGGUGGUGAGGACAGACAUUCUGGAAGACAAGGAUGGAAAAAGCAGAGGCAUGGGCACAGUCACAUUUGAUAUGCCCCUUGAAGCAGUCCAAGCUGUCUCCAUGUUCAAUGGUCAACUGUUAUUCAACAGAGUUAUGCAUGUUAAACUGGAUGAGAAGUCACUCCCUAAAGGAGAUUUUGGGCCACCUGAGAGGCCUUCUGCCCUUCCGCGUGGCCUGAGUGGUAUCGGUCUGGGCCUGGGGCCUGGAGGCCAACCUAUUGAUGCUACUCAGCUCAACAGAGGGGGCGGAGGUGGAGGUGGAGGGAUGGGCAACAUGGGUCCUGGAGGAAUGGAUGGAAUGAACUUCAGCGGCAUGGGAGGCCGGAUGGGAGGAAUGGACAACUUUGGAGGAAUGAACAACAUGGAUCGUUUUGGACCUUCUGGGAUGGGCAGAAUGAAUGAGAUGGACCGUGGGAUUGGUGGUGCUUUUGACAGGGAGUUUGGUCGAAAUGAAAUGGGCAUGUCUCGCAAUAAUUUUGGAGAAUCCUUUGAAAGAGGAAUGGGAAACUCCAUGGGCAUGGACCGCAUGAAUUCUGGAAUGGACCGCUUGGGUGGUGGAAUGGAUCGUUUGUCAGGAAUGGACCGAAUGGGGAUGGACCGUGUGUCUGAGCUGGACAGGCUGGGCUCUGGCUUCGAUCGAAUGGGCUCAGGGCUGGACCGGCUGGGGCCCACUAUGGACAGGCUUGGUUCUGGCCUGGACCGUAUGAGCUCCAGCAUGGAACGCCUUGGCCCAACUGGUUUCGACCGCCUAGGCCCGUCCAGUUUGGACCGCAUGAGCGGUGGCAUGGAUUUCGGCUCCCCAAUGGGCAUGGAUCGCAUGGGCAACGCCGGCAUUGACAGAAUGGGCAACAACUUUGAUCGCAUGGGAUCCGGUGGGGGACUUGACCGCUUCCCUACUGGAGGCCUUGACAGAAUGGGCUCAAACAUGGACCGGAUGGGAGCUGGUGGUGGUAUUGGCGGCCAGUUUGAUCGUCCUGCUGACAUGGAUCGUGGAGGCUUUGGAGGCAAUUCCUUUGGAGGUGUAGGAGCUGGAGGACCUGGAGCUGGAGGAGGCAAUGCCAGGAAGGGCUGCCAGAUCUUUGUCAGAAAUCUGCCCUUUGAGUUCACAUGGAAGAUGCUGAAGGAUACCUUCAACACAUGUGGAAUGGUUCAGUAUGCUGACAUCAAGAUGGAGAAUGGCAAGUCCAAGGGCUGUGGUGUUGUCCGCUUCGACAGCCCGGAGACAGCUGAGCGCGCCUGUCGCAGCAUGAAUGGCUAUCGUCUGAGCGGAAGAGAGAUUGACGUUAGGAUUGAUAGGAACGCAUAAGCUUUGUCUGUCACUGUUUGAUAUGCUAUCAUUAUCCUGAUAUCGACCCACUGUAAUGGUAUUUUUAUUCCCUCUUCUAUUUGCUUAAUUUUGUUAGGAAUUUGUCACAGUUCAAGUGUGCUACUUUAGUUAUUGUUCAAAUUCUUAGUGACCAAAAUUUUAACUUUUUAUUUCCCCCAGUUGUCAUUUUUCUCCUUCCAUUACCUUUGUUGUUCUGUAAGGCAUUUUGAUAAAUAAUUUUCAAAUUUG